GGCUACAGCGGAGGCGGAGGAGCCACGACGCGAUUCCCAAACUAGUGCAAGACUUUCCCAAACUGUGGAAUUUCAUUUUUCUUUCGCUGAAAAAAACAGAGCGAGACGCCUUUGGAUAUAUUGUUUUGUGUGGAAUAACUUGUUUUUUUUGCCGUGCAAAGUGGGGGGUGACUGCAUCCAGGGUCCCCAUGCCCUCUCCUGUCGUCGCUGCCCGGCUUGCUGAGCCCUCAGUCGGGCCUCCUCUGGGCUGCAGGUGAAGCAGGACAGCAGGGACUGGACGGUGGUCUCGUGGAGCCCGCGGCGGUGGAGGUGGGUCGUCACAGGGCCCAGAACCCCCGACAGCAGGCAGAUAAAGGACCUGCACUGUCCCCUGCCACACGAAGAUGAACAGACUGACCUUCCAUAACAACAAAACAAUGCAGGACCGCCGCUGUGUCUGUGUCUUUUUGCCCAAUGAUGACACUCUCAAUAUCAUCGUCAAUGUGAAGACUUUGUGCCAGGAACUGUUGGUCCAGGUUUGUGACCUUCUCCGGCUGAAGGACUGUCAUCUUUUUGGGCUCAGCGUCAUUCAGAAUAAUGAACACAUCUAUAUGGAGCGAGAUCAGAAGCUGUCCAAAUACUGCCCCAAGGAGUGGAAGAGAGAAGCCAGCAAGGGUAUCGACCAGUUCGGACCUCCGAUGAUCAUUCACUUCAGAGCUCAGUAUUAUGUGGAAAACGGGAGGUUGAUCAGCGACCGGGUGGCCAGGUACUACUACUACUGGCACCUGAGGAAGCAGGUGCUGCUCUCACAGUGCAUCCAAAGAGAGGAGGCCUACUUCCUCCUGGCAGCCUUCGCUCUCCAGGCUGACCUCGGGAACUUUAAACGCAACAAGCACUUUGGGAAGUACUUUGAACCCGAAGCCUACUUCCCCCAAUGGGUGAUAGCCAAGCGUGGCCGGGAAUACAUCCUGAGGCACAUCCCUAACAUGCACAAAGACCAGUUUGCACUCACGGCUUCAGAGGCGCACCUCAAGUACAUAAAGGAGUGCGCUCAGCUGGACGAUGUCACCGUGCAUUACUACAGGCUGUACAAGGAUAAAAAGGAAGUUGAAGCGUCUCUCACAUUGGGUCUGACCUUACGUGGAAUCCAGAUAUUUCAGAACGUCGGCUCAGUGCGGCAGCUCCUGUACGACUUCCCAUGGACCAAUGUGGGCAAACUCGUUUUUGUGGGGAAAAAGUUUGAAAUCCUCCCCGACGGUCUGCCCUCGGCUCGUAAGCUCAUCUACUACACGGGCUGCCCCCUGCGCUCCCGCCACCUCCUGCAGCUGCUCAGCAACAGCCACCGGCUCUACAUGAACCUGCAGCCUGUUCUCAAACAAGUGCGUCGGCUGGAGGAAAAUGAAGAGAAGAAGCAGUACCGGGAGUCGUACAUCAGCGACGCUCUGGAGCUGGACAUGGAGCAGCUGGACAAGCGUUCCCGGGCCAGCGGCAGCAGCGCGGGCAGCAUGUCCCACCACAAACGUCUGUCCCGCCACUCGACAACCAGCCACGGCAGCUCGCACACAUCCGGCAUUGAAACGGACAGCUUCAGAGCCCCCGGUCAGGCCCCCCACAGGCCCCUACGGACCUGCAGCUCAUCCACGACCAGCCACGGGAGCUCCCACACCUCCGGCAUCGAAAGCAGCGGCAAAGAGCGCAUCCUUGAUGACGAUGAGAUUGAGAUGCUGGUAGAUGACCCCAAAGACUACGAGGAGCUUCACGAGAUGGCUUUGGACCAGGAACUGUGCAUCCACAUCACUGAGGACAUGCUGACAAUGUCACCAGAUCAGACCAAUGGAUAUUCAGGUCUGAUAGUAAAAGACAUUAGUUCCUCCACUUCCAGCUCCUCAGAAACUGUUGUCAAGAUGAGAGGACAGAGCAUUGAGUCGCUGCCACAGACAACUACGAGCCGGAAGCCCCAGUCUUCCACGGACCGCCACAGCCAAUCCCUAGACGACAUCCGGCUCUACCAGAAGGACUGCCAGCAGUGGGCGGAGCUCUGCCAGGACACCGCCCACAGCUACACGUUCGGCUGCGCUCAGGAGCCGAGCGACGGCGACGGACUCCAGGUCCCGUCCGAUCAGCGCGCCGGCGUGCUCGGAGAGCAGCAUCCCUUCCCCAUCAAGAGGGCCAACAAGUACUUCUCCCUGGACCUGACCAACGACGAGGUGCCUGAGUUCGUGGUGUGACGGCGGCAGACGACGGCGGCGCGUUUGCUCCCCCCCCGGGUCGAGUGUGGAGACCUUUCAUGGAACGAGACGAGAGAAGCGCUCUUAGAGGUGGUCAGUAACCAGGCCAUAACGAGGCCCUUCAUCCAAUACCAGAGACUGACCUACAGACAAGGAUUCUGGCUGAAAUGGGACAUCUAUAUAAAGGAAUAAUGAACUUGUUUUAAGAGCCAGCCCAAACUGCUCAAAGCUAAGGAACAGAGUCCUGCCAUCUUUAUUUUUAUCCGGUUUUCAGCAGCUUUACAAAGUCAUACAAAGACUGGCAGCAUAAGGAGCUGAGGUCACUAACAAAGUACGAAACCAGAAGGCCUGUUUCCACGGCCGCCGUACCUGCUGCCUGCAACGUGGAGCCGCGAUCACCCGCUUCUCUGCUCCAGCAACACUUUCACGCCACCGGAGCCGAACCGACGUGAACACACCACCGCCGUGCCUUCCUAACACUAUGCAGGUGUUGAAACACUCGCCUUGACAAUCACGAGCCCUCACCUUGCUCGAACCCCACCAUUCAACCCAUGAGGAUUCAACCUUUUAAGCAUUUCACACACCUCCGCGUCGGCAAGUCGAGCUCGCUUUUUAACUCUCCCAAUAUUUUCCCGAGACAUUUAGACUUGGUGUCCGCGCAGGAACGGGCCCGACUGAGCUCUCCUGCAUGUCCCCACACGAGCCGAGCUUGUGGCCAAAAUACAAUUGAGCGUUGUCUGGAGUCAAAGCGGAGCUGUCAGCCAAAAACAAACCAUGCAUGUCGAUGCUUUACGUCUUCCUUCACACUUCUAGCCUUCUGUCAGCGAGGACUUUUUAAAAAACAAACAAAAAAACUGGAAUCUGUUUUUAUUUUACGUCCUCCAAUCAGAAAGCAACAUUUUUUUUAGAUGUAUUUUUAUAUAAAAUGAUUGUUUAGAUAUUAUUGUGUGCGUGGCUGCUGUCAUCAGUAUUACGAACAAAUGUCGGUGGCAGUGUUAAGGAUGUGGAGUGUCUCAGUGGUUUUAAUCUGACAUCAUCGUUUUAAAUCCCCCAGCAAGAGGCCGGACUCCCCGAGGAUGCGCCGGUACGGGCUGUUAGCUCUCACAGCUGACACGGUAAUACACCGCAGCUGGUGUGGGGGAACAUGGGUCACUGUUACGGGUCAAAAGAACAAAUGGAACAGUACCGCCGUUUAGGCUUUAAUUUCACCUUCUUCUUUUUUUUUAAGUUUUAACAGAAAUGCAGUUUAACUCUUGCAAAAGUUCUCGAAAAAGGGAUUUAUUUAACAAAACAAGACUGAGCAAGCGACACUGAGCUGUGUUAUGACAUAAGAACAAAACCACAGUCCUGACUGGGCACGGGUCGGUAUGAGGCUCUGAUUAAUAACCACGGUCUGUGUUUACACUGUUAUUUUAAGCCAGAAAUAUAUACCAUGUUCUAACAUUUUUUAACAGAAAAGCAACAUUUAUGCCAAAAAUAUUUCAGUGAUUUUUUGCAGCUAUAACUGUGUUAUCUGUAACAUGCAUUUACUGCUAUUAUGAUGACCUGAUCUAAGGGGAAGUGAGGGUCCAGCAACAGUUUAGUGACACCUGGCGUCUUCUCUUGGUAUCGGUCCAGAUCAGUCGGUAACCGAGGCUCAGGGCACAUUUCUGUCUCGUCUUAAACCAGCUCCAGUCUCAAAGAUGUUGCAGCGCUUUAAGCAAACUCUAUGAGCCUUUAGUUGGCCGUCACCUUUGCUUUGGUUGGUUGUUUACAGAGAAGCUGAUGAUUAUUUAAAAAGAUGAGGGAAAAGGAGGGAGGAGA